UUUUGGCAUUUCGCGCAAUGCUGCGGCCGGGAGACCGGGAGCUGACCCAGAGACACUUGAAUUAACUUUGGCAGAAGAGAAAUGGAGGAGCCAUAGAACAUUAAGGAUGAGUUCAGGAAGACCCGAGACCAUGGAGAACUUGCCUGCUCUCUACACUAUUUUCCAAGGAGAGGUUGCUAUGGUUAUGGACUAUGGAGCCUUCAUCAAAAUCCCUGGCUGUUGGAAGCAAGGUCUGGUCCAUCGAACUUACAUGUCAUCCUGUCGUAUGGAUAAGCCCUCUGAGAUAGUGGAUGUUGGAGACAAAGUGUGGGUGAAGCUUAUUGGCUGGGAGAUGAAAAAUGAUAGGAUAAAAGUAUCCCUAUCCAUGAAAGUCGUCAACCAAGGAAUUGGGAAAGACCUUGACCCCAACAACGUUAUCACUGAGCAAGAAGAGAGGCGGCGGCGGUCCUUCCAGGAUUACCCUGGGCAGAAGAUCACCCCCGAGGCUGUCCUGAACACCACCUGCAAGAAGUGUGGCUGUAAAAGGCCACUUUGCAAAGGAUUGUUUUAUGCAACCAGGAGGGACCAAGUAUUCUCUGAUACCGGAUGAGGAAGAGGAGAGGAAGAGGCAAAGUCAGCAGAGUUUGAGAAGCCUGACCCCACAAGGAAUUUUUCUAGAAAAAGAAAAAAGGAAAAGAAGAAAAAAAAAACAUAGAGACAGGAAGUCAUCUGACUCUGACAGCUCAGACUCUGAGAGUGACACAGGCAAGAGGGCAAGGCACAUCAAAAGACAGCAAGGCAGCAAAGAAGAAGAA